AUGGGGAAAAUCCUAGCGGUCCAACAGCCACCCCCAAAUCCCAACCAGUCUACCGCUGCAUCUAUUGACUCGUCGCAAUCAAGAAGGAUAUCUCAAGUCCCUUCUCGGGAUGAUGGGUUCCCCAUGCUAUCCAAAAAGACACCCCGGGCAUCGAUUAAUGAGAACUCCAAUGAGAAGCCGGAUCUGAAACGAAGCCCAACACCAAAGCGCUUCGGUCUAUUCUCAAAGAAGUCCGAGCCGAACAUGUCGGAGAAUCCGACGGAGCAAGCCCGAGCAACUCGCAAAGGUCCGGCCGCUGGAACAGGCCACGAGGGCUACGGCAAAUACGGGCAGCGCGGCCGCAAAGCAAGCAGCAGUAGUUGCAGCGGGACGAGAACCAGAUCAACAAGCACAACAUGGAGUGCCACUAGCAAAGGGAGCCAAUCCAGUCACCCGGAGUUGGACAUUGAUGAUUUUCUCAUGAGUCGUCUGGAGCCUGUCAUUAUCAAUGGCGGUGGACUAGACGGCUCAUCAUUGUCACAUACACAAAGCGAGCAGAGUUUCAGCAGCAUUAGCGUUGCGUCGACUUCGAACUUGCCGCGCCAAACUCUUCCAUCAUUCUCGACUAGCCAGUCUACCGACUCCCUCGCCAUCUCAACGGGGACAUUCAAUGAGACUAUUAAGCCAAUUUAUUCUAGUUACACCAGGCUGAUCGGAAGCAAGAGCCCUGAGUACCAAUCUAACGCCACUGAUCAUUCCAAAGCAUCAAAAGCACGCAUGCCCAUCCCAAAAGGAAAGAGGCAUGGCGUGUUCGCUAACCUCCAGGCUGCUAUUCCAAACACGUCUCUUCAUAGCCACGAGCACAGCGCUGCCGCCUCACAUCAACCGAAGCGUGCUCAAAAAUCCCCAGAAAAGGUCUCCAAGCCCGAGCAUGCUAAGAAGGAACAAGUCAAGAAAAGAAAACUAUCCAUGUGGAAGUUCUUCCAAAAGAACCGCGCCAACGAACAGAAGUGCUCAAUUCCACCAACAGCCUCAUCCAAAACAGCAAAACUUCGUGCGACAGUCACCCCGGUUCUGAAAACUCGGCUCGUGGCCCAUUAUGCCUUACUGGACGCUGACUCGGGCGAGCUCGAUGGAAUCAUCAACAACAUCAAAGACUCACCACCAACAGAGGAAACAAUUUUCAACCCCGUGGAAGUCUCAAGGGGCCUGAGCAAUAGAAAAAGAAAAUCGUCAAUUCUGCUGCCAUCUGCACCAAAGAUUCAUGGUGAUUUUGAUGUUGACGAUCGCCCAUCGCCGAGGACAGCCAUGUUCAAUCGCAACCUUAUGGCCCCGGAGCUCGAGAUAUCACCUGAACAACGUCCACGUUUGGCCUCCGUUGGUCGGAUCCCACAGAUAGUUUCACGACGCGAUAGACAUCAUUACCCUUUCAUGCAGUCAUUCUCGCGUCCGUUCAGUGUUGUCGAAUCGCCUUCCCUCACAAUUCCAACAACAGGGAGCUCAUACGAAUCCCCACUUCUCGCAAAUGUUCCGUUGAAUCUGGGGAUUGGACCAUACGAAUCUUCUAACUGGGGUGAUGGGUUUAACCCAACCUUCAGCGCAUCCGAGGAGACCAGUGCUUUAGAGUUCCUUGCUGGACCGUUCUCAACCUAUGAGUUCCUUCAAUUUCCGCCGAAGAAAGGCUCGACCUCAUCGGAUAGCUCUGGAGCUCUGGCUGCAGUUACAGCCGUGCCCUCGGUUCCAGGAUCUCCGCCCACCGAGGACGAGGUGUGGAGUGAGUUCGAUGAUUUCAUCGAUCACUUUCUGUCGCCAGAUGAACCGAAGCCCGAGGAGGCGGAGAAGACCGGAGAAGAGGACAGAUUUGAAUUGGCAACGAUGGCGAGCAAGGCUCUUCAGGGCGGGCUGCAUAGUGCCAUUGACUUCCAGUCAGCAUUCUGUGGCAAUUCAGUCCACUCGAGUAGCAGCUCUGUUCAUCUUCGCCGUUCUCAAGUUGUCUCUGGUUUGCAAUCGUCUACAGCCCCUUCAUCUCAGCCGUCUUCCAGUGAUCUUGUUGCUGAACAUAGAGGCACAAAUGAGGAGGACAUCCAACAGCCUGCUGAUCCUACUGAGCAGCCUUCUUCAGCCGAUCAGCUUCGUGAACAGCAGUCUACGUUUCUCAACUCCCUCGCUGCCGAACCUUCCUCUAGACCAACGUACCACCGACAACAAGAAGCGACAUCUUCCGAGCGUGAGUGGGAUGCCGUAACAUGGACUAACAUGCGUUCUGCUUCGCUCAUGACUAGUCGCUGGUUGUCUUUCGGCCAAGUUCUUUUCAGCCCAGCACAUAACCACGUCACAGCAGGAGGACAAGGGCGAAUUCUUGUGAUCGAUGGACUGGGAAACGACGACUGGUCUUGCUACUGUUCCUUGACGUACCCCAAUGCCGAGGUAUACAGCCUAGGUGGACGCCCCGUAUCCGCAGCAUCUCUCCACCCUGCCGCAUGGCAGCCCCCUACCAACCAUCACGCCAUGUAUCACGCAAGACUAGACAAUCCUCUCCCAUUCCCAAAAGAUUUUUUCACAGUCGUCGUGUUACGGUUCCCCACUGUCUGCUCCGAGAACGUGCAAAGCAACAUCAUCCAAGAAAGCAGACGUGUUCUCCGCACCGGAGGGUAUCUAGAAAUGAGCCUUCUAGACCACGACAUGAUCAAUGUGGGACCUCACACGCGCAAAGCUAUCCGUCACCUCAAAGAAGUUACCUGUCUCACAGACUCAUCCCUCAGCCUGAAACCAACCAGCGACAGCGUCCAACGCGAGCUUGGCGCGCAGGGAUUCGACGGUCUCCGUCGCUGCAUGGUUCGCAUUCCAGUCGCUGGAAUGGUCCCCCGAUCCUCCGACUCGAGCUCAUCAUCCCACUCUAUUUCGAAAGCUACCCCUUCAACCUCAUUCUCGCUACCCACCAUCUCUGUCACGACUACGGGUGACGGCCAGAGCACAAGACCUUCCUCGAAAUCCCCCGCAAAUGAUGCAAAUGUUUCUCUCGGGGAGUUGCUCUCUGAUCCUUCCCCAUCUCCGGCAAAUGACGAGUCAAUUGCUAAGAUUGUUGCGCGUGUUGGACGCUGGUGGUAUUCGAAAUGCUAUGAGGAUCCUAUAUUCCAGACUGGAUAUACGAAUCCAAUUUGGAAUGACCGAAUGGUACUCCGCGAGUGCCAGAAGCGCGGUACCGGGUUCCGCAUGUUGAUUGCAUACGCUCAGAAGCCUAGUGAGGUUCCGCGACGCACGGCAAGUGUGUAA